AUGGAUAGCAUAAAACAAAGCAUAGAGGAGGUAACAGAGCAGGUGAAAAGCUUGACCGCGGAACUGACUGCAUUCACAGAAGAAUCUAGGAGAUCGGAGCCGACCACAACAGCCGUGACACGGCCAAAGAUUGAGAAAAUGAGCGCAGAGGUUGUUGAUUCUAAUCCCUACAGUCGCCUCAUGGCCCUGAAACGAAUGGGUAUUGUCAAGGAUUAUGAGAAAAUAAGGGAAAAGACAGUCGCUGUAGUGGGGAUAGGAGGUGUUGGCAGUGUUGUGGCUGAGAUGCUCACCAGAUGUGCUAUUGGGAAGCUUAUUCUUUUCGACUAUGAUAAGGUGGAACUCGCAAAUAUGAAUCGGUUAUUCUAUCAACCUCAUCAGUCUGGUCUCAGUAAGGUCGAGGCAGCGAAAGAUACGCUAACGUAUGUUGUUUAUCUCUUGCUUCGUAUCAUAAAUUUUCAAAUGUUUCCUUCCAUUAUUUUGAGCUAUCAAUUUUCAAUUUUUGACACUUUGUUUUCUAUCAUGCAUGCUUCUAUACAGAUUAUAUUGUUUUCAGUCACAUCAACCCCGAUGUUGUUAUUGAAACUCAUAACUAUAACAUAAUA